AUGGCGACUUUGGAUUCCGAUGUCGCUAUGGUUCCAGUCGGCGAGGCAUCGAGCAGCGCUGCUUCCUCUUCCUCUUCCAAGAAGACCAAGCGAUUCGAGAUCAAAAAGUGGAGUGCCGUCGCCCUCUGGGCCUGGGAUAUUGUUGUUGACAAUUGUGCUAUUUGUCGGAACCACAUUAUGGAUCUCUGUAUUGAGUGCCAAGCGAACCAGGCUAGUGCCACUAGCGAGGAAUGCACUGUUGCUUGGGGGGUCUGCAACCACGCGUUUCAUUUUCACUGCAUUAGCCGGUGGCUCAAGACCCGUCAAGUGUGUCCAUUGGAUAAUAGCGAAUGGGAAUUCCAGAAGUACGGACAUUAG